GAACAGCCUCCUGUCAGAGGGAAUCGCUCUGACCAUCAAGGAUCGUCGACAGAUAGACCGCCAGCUGAGGAUCCUCAACGCUCUGAAGACCAGCAUCAAAGACCAGGUUAUAGAGAUGCAGAGGAUGGAGGUGGACAUUGACAUCAAGCUGCGCUCUGUAAGGGAUCUUGUAAGGGCUACGCUGAGUUCUCCGUUGAUCAAUCAUCCUACGUGGCUUUGGACAAGCAGAUGGACCAGCUGGAAGCCCAGAGGGUUCAGUCUGUUGAGACCGUCGGCUCGCUUGCACAUCAUGAAGAGCCGCCCGCUUAAAGACGUCUUGGUCGACAGCAAGUUUAAGUCCAGCCUGGCAGGGGAGCAGAAGCAGGAUUUCUUCCCGGAGGUGAAGUCCGUGAAACUGACCUUGGAGGCCGAGGGGUCCAGCGCUUCGUCUGCCGCCUCUGUCAGCAAGGUCCCGGGUACGCACUUCCAGCCUUCGACCUCAGGGUCUUCAUCUUCUUCAUCUUCAUCAUCGAGUUGGUCGACGGGAUCAGGGUCGAAGGACGGGUCGAAGAUAACGAUCACGGAGAUGGGUGGGGGUGGUGGUGGGGGUGGUGGUGGGGGUACGAGGGGGGGAUGGAGAUGGGGAUUUCUUUAAGGGGAUGGGUGGACUCGGCGGAGGGCUGGGGAGUCUUGGAGGCGGAGAUUUCACCUCUACCGGUCACCAGACCACGCAUGUAUCGAGCUGUACCAAGACCAUAAAGAAGACGACAGUGCAUACGAAGGACGGGCCGGUGGAACGUAUUGAGGAAGUUUCGAGCGGACCAGGCUGUGAGGCAAUGAAGCUCGGAGGCGGAGGAGGGAUGGGGGACUUCUUCCCAUCCCUCUCUUCCUCUUCCUCCUCCUCCUCCUCCUCCUCAUUCACCAAAACCACAAGCCACGGCAGUAACAAGGGAGGCAGUAGCCUCUUCAGCAGUACCAAGACCGGCGGCGCUGCCGACGGCUUCGGAGCUGAUUCAUUCGGGAUGGAUCUCGGAGCGUUUAUGCGCGGGAAAGAUGACGAUGAUGUCCCGGAUUACCUCAGCCACAGCCACGGCGUGAAAACUAGUGUCCGGAGCAACGGCAGGCAGAUUAUGUGGGAAAAAUUACAUCUGACCAGGAGUAACUGCCCAAUAUUUGACCUAGCUAGCCGCUGUUUAGCCACUGUCAGUAUCUUAGCCUAGUGGCCGUUAGCAAUUAGCAUGUUAGCCCCCAUUAGCAUCUUAGCCAAACUGACCUUUGCGAUUAGCACCUUGGCCUCGCGGCAGUUAGCAAUUAGCAUGUUAGCCCCCAUUAGCAUCUUAGCCAAACUGACAUUAGCGAUUAACACCUUAGCCUAGCGGCCGUUAGCUGUGAGCGUCUUGGCCAGCAGCUCCUAGCGUCCUAGCGAGAAGUGAAACGUUUCUAUUUUUUUGUCGUAGCUCAAAUCAAAUCCUAGAAUAUGAUCAACAGUAGCCUAAUUAAUAAACACUUGUAAAGUAGUUCAGCCAAUUGCUCAUAUGAUGUGUUUGUGUUAAAAAAUUAUAAUAAUCUAACAAAUUGUAUAAAAUAAGUUCCAGAGAUACUGUCUAAAAUAUGCUGUACUAUACAUCAUAGUGUAUUCUCAACCGCUCCUGGGCUGACUACCAGAAGGUGUAUAGACUACCAGGAAAGGUGAUAGAGGAAGAGAGAGAGAGAAGGAUGGGGAGUGAGUGACAGAGAUAGAGAGAGACAUUGCUGACUGUUGAUUCUGUGAGUAGAUAAUUAAAAUGUGUUUUUUUUUGUCUGACCCUUUGAAUGAUGUCAAUGAACUGAAUGUUUAUGGAAAAAACAAACAACCGGCUAACUUCUGAACCAAUCAGGUACUGCCAAUGUUCAAAUAACUGUUCUAAGAACAGAAAGGGGUUCUAAGAACUACAUUAGAACUUCCGUUAGAAUGUCCAAACCAAGCUACUGAUGCGACAAUAAAAAUAUUUUCACUUCAA